ACGGGCAAUGUUACGUGAUGGGUGCAAACUUGGCAUAAGUGUGUGGAGCAUUGUACUCAUGGCAGCAGGUGAGACGCGAGCUGCGGAUUUGGCCCUCGCCGCCUUUACACAGGCGAAAGAUGCCCUUGGUGAUGGCAGCCACGCCUUGGACCGCCGCGGGAAUGAGUACCUGCUGCAGACUGCCAUUAAUGCACUAUCCAGAUGCCAGGUUCCUCGCUUUGAGGAGGAAUACCUUCAGCCGUGCCACGACCAGCAGCUGAUGCACUGCACGAACGAGUUCUAUUUCUGUGCGCUCCUGCAACAUGCACAUAACUCCAUGGACCCUGCUAACGGGGCAGAGGAGGUUUUGCGCAGGAUGAAAGAAAAGGGGACUCCUCUCACCACCCGGAUCAUCUCUAGGCUAAUGAAGAUAUAUCUGCGUAUCGAGUCACCCAAGCUACUGGAGCUGUAUCAGCAUGCCACGCAACAGCUUGGAACCUUUAGGUCGUCGUGGCUUGACGAGUUGUUAUUGUGGGCCGAUCGACGUCGCUACGAACUCACCCAUGGGGAAAGAAAAUAUAUAUUGGAUGAAGUGCAACGCGUUCACGGCAUAAAGGGCACGCAGGGCGACCUCGGCGGACUACGCACACAGUACGCACUUUUGAAAUACGACUAUGAAUAUUCUCCGCUUGAGGUCUUUGCCUCUACAUCCUAUCCACCAGAGACGGAGCCGACCAUACUGGACUCACGUGUUCACUUUCUUCUCAAACACCCUCAUUGUGUAGCACAUAACAUAGAGAAAUGGCGCAACGGCUGCACCUUUUGGAUCAACAAUACAGUUGGCGAUGAAGAGAAAGCGCAGCGAUUUCUGCGCCUUUCAUUACUCACAAAUGAGGGUGCAACCACAACAAAUGGAGAGAUAAAACCCGAAGAAUUCCGCUUGUACAUGGGACGCAUGCUUGAGGCUUUACAAAAAAGUAACAACUGUGUCGUAUAG